AUGAGCACAACUGGUCUAAAAGCCGUAGAAGAACCAAAGAAGACCGUUAAAAGAGACGCAUUAAAGUCUAUUGAACAAAAGUUUCAACUGAUAUGGGAACAUGAGCGUGUCUUUGAAGUUAAUGCUCCAACCUUACAAGAAAUUUCUGAUGAUACCCUUUUACAUGAAAGAUUUCCAAAGUAUAUGGGAACUUUUCCAUAUCCUUAUAUGAACGGAAGGUUACAUUUGGGGCAUCUUUUUACUAUUACAAAAGUUGAAUUUGCUAUCGGAUAUGAAAGAAUGAGAGGCAAAAGAGCUUUGUUUCCUUUAGGUUUUCAUUGUACUGGUAUGCCUAUAAAGGCAUGUGCAGAUAAAUUAUCAAGAGAACUCGAACAAUUCGGUCCAACUUUUAAACUUCCGGAGCAAGAUGAGAUCGAAGAGGGAAUUAAAGAUUUAGAUUUAAAUGAGAAAAAAUCUCAAACUUUCGCGGAUCCAUCUGGAGCAUCAAUAAAAGUUAUGCAAAAGAAAGGAAAGGUUGUGGCAAAAUCAACUGGACUAAAAUAUCAAUUUCAGAUUAUGAAAAGUUCAGGAGUACCUGACGAAGAAAUUGCAAAAUUUGCUGAUGCGAAUCAUUGGAUUUAUUAUUUUCCUCCUUUGGCUAUAAAAGACUGCAAAUCUAUUGGCGCUAAAAUCGAUUGGCGUCGUUCUUUCGUCACUACAGAUGUCAACCCUUAUUAUGAUUCAUUUGUUCGGUGGCAAAUGGGAAAACUGAAAGCCCUUAACAAGAUUAAAUUUGGUGAAAGAUAUACUAUAUAUUCACCUUUAGAUGGUCAGCCUUGUAUGGAUCACGAUCGGCAGAGUGGUGAAGGAAUUGGACCACAAGAAUAUACUGGUAUCAAACUUAAAGUUCUUGAAUGGAGCAAAGAAGCUGAAAAACUAUUUGGAACAAAACCAGAAUUGGAAACAAAAAAUAUUUAUUUCGUUGCUGCUACUCUUAGACCUGAAACAAUGUAUGGACAAACGAAUUGUUUCGUAGGAAUCGAGAUAAAUUAUGGACUUUUUAAAAUUAAUGAGAAAGAUAUAUUUAUUUGUACUCAUCGUGCUGCGCGUAAUAUGGCGUUUCAAGGAUUUUCUGAAGAACGUGGUAAAGUCGAUCAAUUAGCCGAUGUUAAAGGAUCGGUUUUUAUUGGAACUAAGGUUAGCGCUCCGUUGAGUAAAUAUAAACAAGUUUAUGUACUACCAAUGGAGAAUGUGUUAGCAACAAAGGGGACAGGCGUUGUUACAUCGGUUCCUUCAGAUUCUCCAGAUGAUUAUAUAACUCUUAUGGAUCUUAAGAAAAAACCUGAAUAUUACAAAAUACUUCCUUCGUGGGCUGAUUAUGAACCUAUACCCAUUAUCCGUACUCCUUCUUAUGGUGAUUUAGCUGCUCCAAGUGUAUGUCAGCAAAAAAAGAUUAAUUCUCAAAAGGAUCGCUUACAAUUAACUGAAGCGAAAGAGAUGGUGUAUAAGGAAGGGUUUUAUAACGGCACUAUGAUAGUUGGUGAUUAUAAAGGACGACCUGUUCAAGAUGCCAAAGCAUUAAUCAAGGAUUUAUUGGUUUCCACUAAACAAGGAUUCAUAUAUAACGAACCUGAAGGUCUUGUAAUGUCACGUUCCGGAGAUGAAUGUGUUGUUGCUUUAUGUGAUCAAUGGUAUUUGGAUUAUGGUGAGGAAGAGUGGAAGAAAUUAGCGGAAAAAUGUCUUGGCCAAUUAAAUACUUUCUGCUCAGAAACUCGUCAUCAAUUCGAACAAACACUUGCUUGGUUGAAUCAAUGGGCAUGUGCUAGGAGUUAUGGGUUAGGUUCUAGACUUCCUUGGGAUCCUCAAUAUUUAGUUGAAAGUUUGUCAGAUUCCACUAUAUAUAUGGCUUAUUAUACAGUGGCUCAUUUGCUCCAUGGUGGGGCACUCGAUGGUUCAACGCCUGGGCCACUUGGCAUUCAAGCUUCGGAAUUGGCGGAUGAAGUAUGGGAUUAUAUUUUCAGUGAUGGAAUUUACCCAACUUCUUGUUCUAUCCCACAAGAAAAACUUGACGCCUUGAAACGAGAAUUCAAAUAUUUUUACCCUUUGGACCUUCGCGUGUCUGGGAAAGAUUUGAUUCCUAAUCAUUUAACCUUCUUUAUUUAUAAUCAUGUCGCUUUAUUUCCUGAAAAGUACUGGCCAAAAGGUAUAAGAUCAAAUGGGCAUUUACAAUUGAAUAGGGAAAAGAUGAGUAAAAGUACUGGUAAUUUUAUGACUGGCGGUGAUGCCGUUGCAAAGUACGGUGCUGAUGCUACUCGUGUAGCACUUGCUGAUGCAGGUGACGCAAUCGAAGAUGCGAAUUUCGAAGAAGCUACUGCUAAUGCAGCCAUUUUAAGGUUAUUUACCUUGAAAGAAUGGUGUGAGGAACAAGUAAAAAAUAGAGAUUCCCUUCGUACAGGAUCAACAAAUAGUUUUCAUGACAAAAUUUUUGAGAAUGAGAUUAACAAAUUAAUUCAACUAACUGACAAGGCAUAUAAUGAUGCCAUGUAUCGUGAAGCAUUGAAAUAUGGAUUUUAUGAGUUACAAACAGCUCGUGAUUGGUAUCGUGAAGCCACUGCUCAUGAGGGCAUGCAUAAAGAUUUGAUUUUACGAUGGAUAGAAACACAGGCUUUGCUGUUAUCACCAAUAGCACCACAUUGGUCCGAAUAUAUUUGGAAAGAUAUCUUGUCAAAAGAAGGUUUUAUUGUUAACGCUUCUUUUCCCAUACCAUCAGCUCCUAUUGAUGAGGGAUUACUUGAAGCAACCGAAUAUGUUAGAAAGAUUGUCAAAUCCGUACGCGACCUAGAAAUAGCAUCGCAAAAGAAGAAAAAGAAAGGUAAAGGAGAGAAUUUUGAUCCUUCGAAACCUAAAUCACUUAAAUUAUUUGUCGCAACACGGUUCCCAGAGUGGCAAGAUUUUACCCUUGAAGUCGUAAAACAAAAUUAUGAUGAGCAAAAUAAAACAUAUGAUGAUGUUAAAAUUCGAGAAAUUUUAGCAGCAAAAGGCAUUUUAAAAAAUAAAAAGACAAUGCCAUUUGUACAAGAAUUUAAGAAGAAAGUUGAUAAACUUGGAACGGUGGCAUUUAAUCGAGCUUUAUUAUUUAAUGAGCAUGAUACACUUAUCAUGGCUAAAGAUUUUAUACAAAAAAGUUUAGGAUACGAUAAAGUUGAUAUUCUUAGAUGUGACGAAGCAGCUGAUGAUGAAAAAAUUGCUGUUGAAAUAGCUGUACCUGGUGAACCAGGAGUCCUAUUUAAGAAUAAUGCACAAUAG